AUGUCUCCGUUCUUCCCCGCCUUCUGGGCCCCUUCACCUUCUCCGUCGCCGAUCGCGAAGGUACUAUCCGACGAUUACCUUCUCUCGCUCGUGCUGCGCUCGCUAACGCGCGACUCCUUCCAUUACGCGCUGGUCUCCAAGCGAUGGUACGCCAUAGCGCGCGUCUCGCUCACGCACCUUCAAUUCAAAUCUACGAUCCACUUCUCCGCUCUCCCAGACACAAUUCGCCGCUUUUCCUCGCUCACGCACCUCGAGCUAAAAGAGUAUUGCGUUCUGGAUGCGAAAGGCGAUGCUCUCUUCCAAUGCCUGGGCGCCACGUGUUCGCAAUUGACGCAUCUUUCCGUAGGCUUCCAGCUUCGCAUCAUGCACGUCACUUGCAACGGCCUCUCGCCUCUCUUCCAUGGCUGCCGCAAGCUCCGCGACCUCCGCCUGCUCACCCUCCACCUGCUCCCGCACCUCCCGCCCGCCGUCUCUCUCCUCUCCGACCUCACAACCCUCCAUCUCUGCCGCGCCGUCGAUAAAGACGUGGAUCGAUUCGAGCAUCUCGUUCUGCCGCCUGAAAGCAUCGGCGCGCUGCAGCAGCUGCAGGAACUCCGCGUUGAAACAGGAUCGGCGUUCAAAGGUCUCCCGGAUUCCAUCAGCAGCCUCACCAACCUCCGACGCUUGAAGCUCAUCCACCCCUCUCUCGCUCACCUCAAUCCUUCGAUUGGUUACUUACCGCAAUUGCAAGACCUAGAUAUCGACAUGGAAAUGUUGGAGUCGAUUCCGGAUUCCUUCCAGCAUCUCACCAGCCUUAGUUCCUUGUUGCUGCUGUCCGACAAGUUGAAGCGCCUGCCAGAGCAUGUGAUGGGGGCGAUGACGCGAUUGGAGACGCUUUUGCUCCGCUGGGUGUCCCUCCAGAGCCUGCCGGACACCAUCUGUUCCCUCCCCCUCUCCUCCCUCUCCAUCGACUAUCUCCCUGCACUCACCUCCCUUCCUGAUAACCUUGGAGCCCUGAUACAGCUUCAAACUCUAACGCUCUUCGACCUGCCCAAACUCCGCUGUCUGCCCGAGAGCGUGGGAGACUUACAGCGAUUGAAAUCGUUGAAAUUAGAACGAGUGGAUCUGCUGCAGCUGCCAGAAACCAUGUGCUCCCUCCCCCUCUCCUCCCUCUCGAUUUACUCGUGCACUGCACUCACCUCCCUUCCUGAUAACCUUGGAGCCCUGGUACAGCUUGAAACCCUAGUGCUUCACUACCUGCGCAACCUCUGUGCUCUGCCCGAGAGCGUGGGAGAUUUACAGCGAUUGAGGUCGUUGAGAAUCGACGAGGUGCAUCUGCAGCAGCUGCCCGAAAGCCUGUGCACAAGGAGAGUGAGGCACAGUCUGGAGCGGCUUUACCUGCACGGCUGCAGUGAACUGAGGCGGCUGCCCUCCCAGCUGGCCAUGCUGACGCGCCUGGAAGAGCUCCAAAUCACCUCCUGCCCUCGCCUCCAGUCCCUAGAGCCCCUGUUUGCUUCGGAUCCCGCAUUACCCGUGACCUCCGCUGCUGCUGGCCCCACCACUGCUUGCACUCAUACCGAUAGGUCAACCGAGCCACAGCCACAGCCACAGCACAGCAAGGAGCAGCACACCGCACAGAAGCCAUGGGGCCUGGCGUCUCUCACCAGCCUAACACUAAGUGGUUCUCCACAGAUCGCCUCUCUCCCUGAUUCUUUCUCCAUGCUCUCUGCCGUCUCUUCCCUCACCCUCACCCGUAUGCACGGCCUCUCCCACCUGCCACAAUCCCUCGGACGGCUGCAGAACCUCACAUUUCUGAAGCUUGAAUACAUGGAUAAGUUAUCUGUGCUGCCCAAGUCACUCGGGCAGCUGAAAAACCUUGAAACGCUGGAGCUGUGCUAUUUGCCGGAGCUGAACUCUCUGCCCGGGUCACUCCGUUGGUUGCCUAAGCUGAAAGAGCCCUUGCUGGUCGACGUGGGUAGGGUGACAGAGUGGUGGUGGAUUGACGACAUCCCAUAUGUUAGGUCUGCCAGAAUGCGCCUCAUGCUUCACUGA